AUGAAGCUUCAAAAAAUCCUCAUUGCUACUCUUUCUUUAAGCGCAAUGGCUGCGCCUUUAGUCAACAAGGACUUCACCCGAAAACGUACCAGCCCCGUCCCACCUCUCAUGGAUGCGGGUAUCGAUGCUGAUUUCGUCGAGAAGCGCACCAGCCCCAAACCACCUCUCGUCGAUGCGGGUAUCGAUUUUGAUUUCGUCGAAUAA